AUGCGUCUUCCAUAUGUUCCAGAUCCCCCUCCAACACAUACGCCAGAGGAAGCUCGGAUUCUCGCGGCCGUGCAAGCUCGUCGUGCUCCCAAUCCUCUUCUCCCACUCGAUCUCACACUCCUGCAUUCAUUUCCAGUCACGGACGGAUGGAAUUCCUUUAUCGGAGCUAUUCGGACACGAACCAGUCUCUCUGCCGUGAUUCGAGAGCUAGCCAUCUGCCGUGUCGCGGUGAUCAAUGGCGCGCUCUUUGAAUGGGAGCAGCAUGCACCACUCCUGACCGAGGGAGGACUCGGCGACGAGGCACUCAAACUCAUUGGCAAUGCCAAUGCUGAUUUUAAAAGCAAAGAGGCUGCGGAGAUUCUGACCACCGAGCAAAGGGCUGUUGCGCGAUACACAGAUGCGAUGACAAAGACGGUCACCGUGCCAGACGAGAUAUUUGCGCUGGUCAAGAGUUGUUUUAGCGAUACGGAGGUCGUCGAGAUCACCGCUACGAUUGCCGCAUAUAAUUGCGUGAGCAGGUUCUUGGUGGCUCUAGAUGUUGGAGAAAAAAAUCAUUAG